AUAUAUGUAUGUAUAUAUAUACACACGGAGUCAUCCCCACCUAUUCGCACAGAACAGAAUCCAGAUUCUCCUCCUCAAACUCUGUCAGAAAAAUUCCAAGGAAUCGCUGAGAUUCUGACAAGAGGAAAUGUACAAAUCGAAGCUUCAAGACGCAUGUCACCGGCAGCGAUGGGAGUUGCCGGUGUACGCGGUGAAGCGAGAGGGUCCCGAUCACGACCCUCGUUUUCAGGCGACCGUUGUGAUCGACGGCGUAGCUUUUCAGUCUCGCGAGAGUUGCCGGUCCAUUAAACAAGCUCAAAACGAGGCUGCUCGUGUCGCUCUCGGAUACGCCAUGUUUCCUUCGGCCGGAUCUUCUAGUUCGAAGAAUGUGUCGGCGAAUACUCUGAGUAACCAACAGACACAUUUGGAAGAAAGAACCGAAGGUGGUGAAGUUCCUGUGAUCGGUGUGUCACUUCCCGUUGUUGAGGAACAUAGCAGAACCAAAGGCAUUUCACAAGCGAUAAGUGUCCCGACAAAGAGUAUCACCACCCAGCAGAGGUUCCAGCAAGAAGUUGAUCAAGUUCCUGUGUUCAUUGUUUCAACUCCUGUCGUAAAGGAUGAUAACAAAACUAAAGACGCUCUACAUGCAUCCCAUGAAUUGAAAAAUAGCAUCACCCGCCGACAGGGAAUUGAAGAGAUAAGAGAAGUUGGUAGGAUUCUUGCGUCCUCCUCACUUAUUAAAGAAGAUAACACAACCAAGGCCGUUUCCUACUUGACUACAGAGCCGACAAAUCGUGCUUCCAUUCGGCAUAUUUUGCAAGAACAGAGAAGAGAACUUGAUCCAGUUGUUAGGUCCCUCCCUCUCAUCUCUAGUAACAAAAUGAAAGACGUGAACAAUCUAUGCAAGAGCCAACUGCAAACUUAUACUCAGAAAAAGAAUCUUUGUAUGCCGACAUAUAUUCGUGAGCGUGUAGGUCUGCUUCAUGCUUGCCGGUUUAGGUGCAAGGUGGUAGUCAAUGAGCAAACUUUUGAAAGCCGAGAACUCUUCUCAACAUUGAGAGAGGCUGAAAAUGCAGCUGCAAAAAUAGCUUUGGUGUCACUGGUGCCAAAUGCGAGUCAAGAGGUAGAUUCCCUUGUGUACAAGAACCUUUUACAGGAACUGACUCAGAAGAAAAAUAUGUUGUUACCGAUUUAUGCAACUUCUAGAUCUGGUGCGUCUCACUCGCCAACAUUUCUGUCAACUGUUGAGGUUGGUGGUAAGUUUUUUGGAGGACAGGAAGCGAAAACCAGAAAGUUGGCCGAGAUGAGUGCCGCUAAGGUGGCAUACAUGAGUUUGACAGGGAUGCCGCGUGAAACGUUGUCACUACCUCUGCCUUCUGAGCAGCAAGAAAAACCUCAUGAAGCAUUCCAUGCAGGAUCAAGUGCGAGUAACGGUCUACUAGAUUCCCCUCUGACCCGUGGCCUCAGGAGGGCGGUCCCUGAUGUGCCGUCAAAGUGGGUUGAAGUCGACGAAGAAGAACCACUUUCUUCGGAACUUAUUCGUGUGCCGCUGAGAAUCAAGACCCCAUCCGAGAAAGAGAUGGAUGCUUCAUCCAUGGUUGAGAAUCAUACCGGGAAUGACUCUACAGUGUCGUCUGUGGACGAGAUUGCCAAGAAGUUGGGAAUAGGAACUGGCAGCCGUGGUUCUUCCCCGGGUGAGCACGUCGUGGUUCGCCCUUUCACUCCGGGAAUGACCAUCCCUAUGGAUUCCGAGCUGCUGUACAAGGAUGAUAAAUGGGUCGCCUUUCGUCCGCCUUCCCUAAGCCCUAAACCUUAGAAAACCUAUAAGGUUCCUUAUAUAUCUCUAUGCCCUAGGAACAAUGUUUUUUCGUGGCUGUGCCUGAACUUCAUGAAUUUGGCAAAAGCUCUGAACUAUAUGCUUUCUAUGAGGUGUGCUUACAGCAGGUGUAUGCAUCGCAUAGUUAUCAAUAAGACUUUAUGUUAUACACAUACUCUUUGUGAAACAUGCCUUGAUAUUGAAUGUGGGGAAGUGAUCCAUUACUA